UAUGUUUAUAAAAAUAGGUUUAUUAAUUUAUUUUGUCAUGUAUGAAAGGUAUUUUUUUCGAUUUUGUAAUAUUUACAUAGUAUAAUGAUAUUCAAGUUAAAAUACAUGGAUGUAUCAAUGAUAAUUGUCUUUCAGUGUUUUAUAUUUGUUUUAUUAAUAUCAAUAAUCGUCUGUCAGCAAUCUCAUCCAAUUCCCGAACAUCACAAUAAUCAACCUUUUAAAGAAAAUUCCGCUGAAUGUGUUGGUGAUCCUCAAGCUGGAAAUUAUGAUUGCAUUAAUUUAGAGUUUCCUAAGAAACAUGAACUACUUUAUAAGGACCCCCAAAAAGUAUUAGGAAAAUCAUUUAAUAACACGAUCACUAAGUCACUUUGUUCCAGUCAUUUAACUGUGAUGGGUUCAAGUUUGGUUUCAAACCAUUUUACCAGACAAGGAAUAGACAUGUGUACAAAAGUAUGCAAAACUCAACUUGACAAGAUUUUAAAAGUAUAUCCAACGACUGUUGUUUUAAAAGAUAUGUAUUGCUCUAGAAGUGGAAUUAGAAUGGCGAGUUGUAUAUGCGAGUUUAAAAUUUCAUGUCAAGUUAAUAUUCAUAGCGUGCUUAUUCACUUCAUUGUAAACCGUGAUGGAUAUUUAGCUGUGUUUGAUGAAGAAGUAGGAAAACCCUAUUUAUUCUGAUUGUGUAAAAUAGGUGUUAAUUGUAUAAAUGACAUAACUGUGA